UGCUUCUGCAUGCUCAUGCAUCAUGCAACCUAAUUUGAGUUUUAUCAUAGGCGAGAUAAAAGAAUUUUGACUUUGCCGGUAGCUAAAAUCUCGCAUUAUGCAGUUGUGUCUAAUUUUUCUAAUAUAUGAUUUUUGAGCAGUUAAACCCGCCAAUAUCAGAGAUCAAUUGUUUCAUUACUGAACAGUAUCUUGGAGCGAAGGUGCUUGGAAAUGUUCGUCGAAGACUCCUAGGUAAUCUAAAUGAAACACCAUGUCAGAGUUUACCCUCGAUAUCCAGCUGACGGAGUUAGGUUUUCCAAGCUGGAAUUUCCCCCUCUGUGAGCCACAGAACGUUAAGGAGACAUUUUUGCCAACACCGAACAGCAUUGAAAAGUCAGCACCUGAGACUGAAAUACCUGUAGGCUGCCAGGAAGAUGCCUGCAUUAUCACUAGUGCAUCAGCUGACAAAAGCUUUCUGCUGGACCAUCAGUAUUCAUUUCCCUUCAAACAGGACUCUUCAUCUAUAGAGGGAACCACUCAAGGUAAUUCAAAAAGCAUUUUCUCAGAGGAGCAUAAAGUCGUUUGCAAUUCAUGGAAAAGAGAAAGAAGAGAGGGGACAGAACAGAAAAAUGAUGACGAAGAGCCAAGUGGACAAGAGGUAAAGAAAAAUUAUGAAAAGGAACAGAAUUCAGAGGGGAGCCCGAAAGCCUGCAGUCUUAUGACAGAUGACGCUAUAUCUAAUGAAGAAAGGACAGAUGAGGAUGUGGAGUUUGUUCUGACUGAUGAUGAUGAUGAUGUCGUUGAGGAGGAGGAAGAUGAUGAUGAUGCUGAGGAGGACUUGGAUGAAGAUGAUGAUGAUUCCUGGCCAGAGACGAAUGGAUGUGGAGAGAAUGAAGGGAAUCGCUGCCAUGUGUGCGACCUUACCUUCUCCUCUCUCUUCCUACUGCGAGAACAUUUAAAUAUGCAUACGGGUGUUCGUCCCUACCGCUGCGAUGAAUGUGGCAAGCAGUUCUGCCAGUUAGUCAAUUACCGCACGCACCUUCGCUCCCACUCGCACAAGGCCUCGAUCCACUGUCGUGUUUGCUCAACCAUCUUUGAGACAGAGGAACAGCUCCAGCAACACUUGGACACCAACCAUUUCGAGAAAGAGUUCUACCAGUGUGAUUUUUGCAAACAGAUUUUCACCGACCUAGAUGUUUGCAAGGGUCACGUAGAAACACACAGGCAACAGGCGAAACGUCAUUUGUGCCUCAAAUGCGGCUCCAGUUUUCGCCUUCGCAACUCGCUGCUCCGUCACUUGGAAUGGCACAACGUAGGCAUCUUCUCCUGCUCGGACUGUGAUCGGACCUACUCCAGCAAGGCUUCUCUGUUGCGCCACAGUUUCUCUCACUUGGGCGUCUUGCCAUAUACGUGUCUAAAGUGCAAGCGUCAUUUCCGCUUGCCCUCUCUCUACCACAGCCACGAGUGUAAGCCGGAGAGCAUCCAGUGCAUGGCGUGUUUAGUUUUCUUUCAGAGUCAAGAGGACUUUGACAAGCAUAAGAAGGACACAGGUUGUUGGGGUCAUCAAGGCGUAUUGCCUACCAAGAAAGACGAAAUCCGCUGCAUGGAGUGUGGAGAAGUCUUUGCAAGCAUUGAGGAAUUAAAGAAGCAUGGGAGCACUCACCAGAGGGUCCUGAAAUGUGCUGAAUGUGGGAUGGGUUUCCGCUCGUCACUCAUGCUUAUGUCACACAUGGGAGGGCAUGUGGCUCAGCGGCCGUGUCUCUGCCAGAACUGUGGCCUGGGCUUUCCACAUCAACAUGGUUAUGACAGCCACCUGAAAACAUGUGGAAUGGUAACUCCACCAGUGGCUUCUGUGAAGAAACCAAAACCAAAACCAACCCCCUCUACACAAAUAAUGAAAACAAUUGCUCCUAACGUGGUCUUCCAAACUAUUGCUCAGGCCUCAAACCCCGUCAGAUUCUCCAAUAGCUUGAAGGAUGUCCGCAUGGUUCCUUUAGGUGACCAGACUAAGCCUGCUGAUGGUGGGUGGAAGCUUACCUUAAAUAAAGAGCAAACUCCAGGUAUGCCUUUAGUCAUGCUUGUGCCAGUUUCCACUGCACAGUACUCAUCUACCUCAGAUCCUACCAAGAGAUCCCAAAACCCUUUGUCAUCCUCUCUAGUCUUAGAAACGCGCUCAUCUGCUCCGCAUGUAAUUUCCAUGCCGGUGGUCCCGCCUGGAUCUGUUAUUAGCAAAGAAGCAGAGAAAGACACCGUAGAGCCCAGCAGAACCAACAUUCCUUCAAAUACACUUAUUCCUGUGGAAAGUCAUGACAGUUCCUCGAAGAAGAGAUGGACCAUUUUAGAAGAUCAGGGUUCUGUUCAAGUUAUUGAUACAGAAAAUGUAAAGGCAGGUGAACAGGCUGCAGGUGCAGCGCAGGCGAACCAGGGAAUGAACGGUACUACACAAGUAGAGGUGGAGAAUGAGCAGGAAAAUCAAUCAAAUGGGGACCCUAAUAUAUUGAGGGAUGAAAAAUCGCAUCCAGGGUGUUCAUCAGAUGCCGCAUCUUUCAAUUCCGCAUGCCCAGUGACACCAUUGUGUCUAAAAAAGGUAAAUGAGGAAAAGGAUGAUGACAUCAUCAAGAAAAAGUCUUCAAAUUUGAAUGGCCUUAACUCCUCACCACUAAUGGCAGAAGUAGAAGUUAGUGUGCCUUUCAUGAGAAAAUCAGAGAAGCAAAUGCUGGAUACACAGGACAGUACAGAUCAGAGAUUAUUCAAGGAAUCUGACACGAUGUGUGCAGAGUCACUAAUGAAUUUUACGGUGACUGGGGACGGAUCAGAAAGUGGUCCUCAGGGGCAAAACGAAUCUGGUUUCGAGGUAGAGGUGGAAAUGAAUGAAGAUGUGGAUUUGAGCAGCAUGGAAGUGGAGAUUGGUGAUGAAGACAGUGGAGUUGAUAUGUUGGAUGCUGAGCUUCAUGAAUGUGUGACUUGUGGACAAGUCCUUCCUGAAAAAGAUAUGAUCCAGCACUACAUGAAGCAUGCGGCCGACACAGACAGUCCUGCGUGCUCUCCUACUAACUGUCCCUCUCACACUACAGAACAAUCCUCUUGUAGUCCAUCAAGAAAAAGACUACGAUCUGGUACAGAGUUGUGACAUUUUGUUCAAGAGUGUUUACUACCUUUCUUUUUUUUUAUUAUUUUAAAUUGAUACGCCUGGUUAUUAGUAAUACACCAUUAACUUCACAAUUAUUUUUUUACCCAAUAAAAAUUUGGGAAAGAUGGGUGUAUGUUAAAACCAAGUGUGUUUUGAGUGUUGACGUUUCUUUCAA